AUGACACUGAAGGGGCCGAUGAGAGGACUCCAAGACGACGCAGCAGAACGAAUCACGCUCCCAACCAUCCAUCUGACUACUCUUCCUCCACAUCUACGAGAACCGAAAGAUCAGACAGAAAUGCUGGUCAACCUCCGAUACCUGAAGAGGAUCCAUCAGAAGAUGCGCGAGGGAUGCUCCCACGCAAUGCUGGUGAAUCCUCUGGACGACACCGGUCGAGGAACCGAACUCGCACUGGGCGACGGGAGCCUCCUGAUGGUGGUACUGAAAGGUCCUCUGCAUCCUCUCUCCGCCGCCGCGAUCCCAGCAUCUAUGGCUCUAGUCCCCAUAGCUCUGGUCGACGCACAGGCAUUCGCACCGACAGCUCUGAUGACUCUCAUUCAAUGCCCCGCCAUGACGCCAACAGCUUGA